UUUACCCUCUACAGGCACGGCAAGUCUCCAGCCUCUCGCUGCACUCCUCACCUCCGUUUCUCCAGAAUGCAACAUCUACAGAUUCUAGGACUCCUGAGCAUUUUUCUGCUGGUCUUGAACCCCAGCCAGUGCAGUCCGAUCAUGGCCCAGUGUGUGGAGCACACCUACUGCUCCUCCACGCUGAAAGAGUACCACACACAGCUCAUCAACCUGCCCAGCAGAAUCAACGAGCGCAGCGUCGCUGCAUGGAGCUACGAGGAGAACAUUGACCUGGACCGUGUGCCACAGAUCAUCUAUGAAGCAAACUGCCUGAACAGUCAUUCCUGUAAGGGGGUCGACAGCUCUUUCAGUCUGGAGAGCAUCCCCAUUGCAAUCAAAAUGCCAUUUCUCAGAAAAAACCCAAGAUGCCCAACUUACGCACUGGAAUUCGAGGAUGUGAACAUUGCCUGUAUAUGUGCUACAUCCAGACAGAAUUAGCGCUGGGUCUAACAAUUCAUGCACUUGAUUCAACUUCAACUAUUAUUAUAAUAGUGUCACUUAAAUUUAAUGUCAACCACAAAGAAGUCUACUGAAUAAUAAUGCUUAUCAUCUUAAACAAACAACACCACAAUGCAUACUACAAUAUAGAUGU